AUGUCAACAAAUAGAAAAAGUCGUAAAUCUUUAGAAUUAACUCCCAAAGGUAUGUUUCCUUUUAAUCAAUAUAAAAUCGGAUCACUUUUUCAAUUAAUUAUCUUAGAAAUUGCUGCAUUAUUAGAAGCUUCUCAUAUAACUGAAGAGGAAAUACAACAUUGGCAUGCAGAUUUUCUUCAUCAUUGUCCAUCAGGCCAAUUGGAUAAGAAAGCAUUUACUGAAUAUUAUAGAAAAUUAAAUCCAAGAGAAGGAUUAAACGAUUCAUUUGAAGCAAUUUUUGAUAUGAUAGAUGUUAAUAAAGAUAAUACAGUUGAUUUUAAUGAAUUUUUAGUUGUUAUAGUUUUAAUCAAUCGUAUAAAUGAUUUAGGAUCUCGACUUUCAUUUGUAUUUGAUAUGUGGGAUCAAUCCGAUGAUGGGCAUAUUGAUCAGAAAGAAUUGGCAAAUGUUAUAACGGCUAUAUAUGAUCGUGCUGGUAUAACCGAUCGAAAAGGUGAACGAGAUCCAAAAAAACGUGCCAAAGAAAUUAUUGCUAAACUUGAUAUUAGUGGUGAUAAGAAAUUAAAUAAAGAAGAAUUUAUAACUGGAUGUAAAAAUGAUCCAAUUAUUCGCAAUCUACUUGCUCCAAAUGUAUAA